GCGCGCUAAACGAGUUCAAGGCUUUCGAAAACACGCUGUAAAGCUGCAACCGCUCAACGACAUUCAUUAAGUUUCGCGAGCCGCUACCGACAACAUUCCCAUCGAGCCACACACAACUAUUCUCACAUAUUCCAACCCAAAACAACAAUUUGGAUGCUGCGCACAAAACGCUACACCAAAACGGCGGUCGGCAAGGGUAAUUUGAUUGAUUUUCUAACCUACACGAUAAGAAUGGCAAGCAUACACUCAGCAGGCACGGAUGAAGUACACGAUGUGCCAAUGGCGGUCAUCAUUCGUCCCUUCAUGGCGGAAGUGGACGAAAACAAAGUGCAAUCAUUGAUGAAAACCAUCGAAGGCUACGAUACGGCUGAUCUGGUGCCGCCAAUAGACAUCUUGUGGAUCGAGGGACGUGAAGGCGGCAAUUAUUAUUAUUCAUUCGGCGGUUGUCAUCGGUAUGAAGCGCAUCGACGUCUUCAGAGGUCCACCAUACGCGCCAAGCUCAUUCAAUCCACAAUGGCGGAUCUCAAGUGUUAUCUGGGCGCAAGCACGCCGGACUUAAAAUAAACUAACAUAACAUAACCUCACUUUAGUCUUAAGUACACUUAAAUCUAAAUCUAGUCUAACGUAAACAUUUUAAGCAAUUUUAUUGUAUCACAGUGACUACUACGCAAACGCAACAUUAAAUUUUAAGUUUAUCAGGUUAAGUCUAAGUUUAGCGAGAAAAACAAAUGAAUAUUCAUUGUUUUUGUUAAUUUUAUCAAGGUUUUUCUGUAGCUCGACCUUGUAUUCACCUUAAUUCAUCGAUUAAUGAUUAAUAAGUAAACAACCGUGACGAUAUUAAUUAUCACAUUAUCAAAAUGAAUCAUUAUACAGAGUGUUCAAAUAUAAAAAUUAAUUUUA